GAGAUCGAAUGGUUCGCUCGCACUGAGAACUGAGAGCGAGAGAGAGAGAGAGAGAGAGAGAGAGAGAGAUCGAAGUCCAUGUCUUCUUCUUCUUCGACGAGCUUCGCCGGCAGUGGAGGAGUCCGUCCAUGGCCAUCGGCGACGUCGGUCUCAUACUCCGGGAAGAGGAUCCAAAAGGAGAUGAUGGAGUUCAACGCGAACCCUCCCACCGACUGCUCGGCCGGACCCAAGGGCGACAACCUCUACCACUGGGUCUCCACCAUCCUCGGCCCUUCUGGAUCGCCUUAUGAAGAUGGGGUCUUUUUCCUUGAUAUUGCUUUCCCUGCUGAUUAUCCGUUCAAGCCCCCAAAGGUAGUAUUCAUGACUCGAAUUUACCACUGUAACAUAGAUGCUGGCAAUGUAAGUCUAGACAUUUUGAAGGAUGGCUGGAGCCCUGCUUUGACAAUCUCGAAGGUGUUGUUAGCCAUCAGAUCUGUUUUCACCAAUCCGGAUCCAUAUAAGCCAGCUAUGCCAAACAUUGCUCGUCUAUACCUAACAGAUCGAACUAAACAUGAUGAAAUUGCGGCAGAGUGGACAAUGCGAUUUGCCAGAUAGAAUAUUCAGCUGUAUAACAACAAAUUCGAAAUUUGUGAUAAUCUAGCUCUUGUCUUUGCUUGUCUUACAACAUUCCAGUCAACCUGAAUAUCAGAAAAAGCUACUUCGACUGGUGUCCUUAGCGAACAAAUGGACUUCAUGCGCACAUCUAUUCCUUCGACACCACGGAACAAGAGAUAGAGGUACUUUUUUUCGAUAGACUAUCUUCUAUAGAAAAAAAUCGAAACCAAGUGCUUUCCACCCACAUGUUUGAUCCUCCCAAGCUUCAUUAUUCUCAAAUGCCGAUGUUUCUAACACUUCAUCUUUUCAAAGUUCUGCAUAAUUACAUCUGUAAAAUACUUUCAAGAUUUUUUGGGUUGAUUUCUGCAUAUAUAUGGCCAUAUUAAUUUGUACACUUGCUCUCUUUGUUAUUGUACUUUCAACUUUCAAGAACUUGAUGAAAUUUGGUGUUUAAUGUACCAAGAUCAGAGAUCACAUUUAAAUACUUU